AUGAGAGCAAGACAAAGACAAAAACCAAGAGCUAAUACAAGUUCUCAACAUGAAAAGUUUCCAUUAAUAGCAGGAAGGAUUUAUUUUCAUUUGCCAUUGUCUAGUACUGUUGAGGCAUUAUCCUUCACUACUGAGGCAUCAUCUUCAACUACUGAGGUAUUAUCCUCAACUACUGAGGCAUUAUCCUCAACUACUGAGGUAUUAUCCUCCAAUGAAAAUCAGCUUCAAAACCUCGACGGCCAUAAAUUCCGAAUUGUGUCAGUCCCUUACUUCCCUUACAUGGACUACACACUGAAUGAUGAGGAUCGUAGUGGCCAAGUAAUACCAAGAGAUUCACUUGAUGUUCGGUUGAUCAACACAUUUGCAGCAGUAACUAAUUUUACUUUCGAUAUAUAUGCGGAGCCUUACCGGUCUUUUGGCGACAACAUAAAUGGCUGCUUCACCGGAAUGAUCGGCCAGCUACAGCGAGAGGAGGCGGACUUCAGCACAAUAGUGGCGGCCACGCAGGGACGCCUCAAGGUGGUCAAGUUCCUGUUGUCGUAUCCUUCUGAUGUCAUGGCAAUAACAUCUCUGAAGCCUGCCCUCCUUCCUGCUUAUCUCUCCAUAAUCAGACCUUUUUCUGGAGAGCUGUGGGUGGCGCUGCUGGUGAGCGUGGGGGCGUGGGGCAUGAGCCUGUGGCUGGUGGAGAGGGCAUGGCAGUGGGUGGCUGGCGGGCGUCCGGUGGACCUUAUUACCUCCCUCUUGUACAGCUGGGGCGCCCUCCUCCAGAACCUGCCCUCGGAACCCUCCAUCAACCUCUCUAGCCAGAUGUUGGUGGGAUGGUGGCUUGUGUUCUGCUUGGUCAUCAGUACGGGGUUCAGUUCCUCGCUAGUAGCUCAUUUGACCGUCCAGCGCAAGUCACCGACUGUGGACAGCUUCCAGGACCUGGUUCACCUGGGUAACUGGAAGUGGGGCACUGAGCCCUGGCUGUACAACGGUGCUGCUUAUGAGUACUUCGCUAAACAUACUGACCCCGUGGUUACCAAGAUAUACAGGAACAUGGAGGUAAUGGUAGCUGAUGACGCCCUGAGGAGAGUCCUGGCGGGCAGGUUCUCUCUAAUAGACUUCAAGAACUACAUCAGCGUCAUUGUGGCCUCCAGGUACACCGACUCUUUCGGCAACACUCCAUUUUACAUCAGUAAUCAAGGAAUCUCCGUCAUAGCUGCUUUUGGCUGGGGGCUCAGACAAGGCGCUCCGAUAUAUCCACGUUUUCUCCAGCUAAUGUCUCGGCUUGAGGAUGCUGGUGUUAUAAGGUAUUGGACACAGGACGUCAUUAGCAAACGUGUGAAGGAAAAUAGAGAGACUGCAGCACUUGACCAGAAAAUUGGCCACAGGAACACACCACAGGUUCGUACACAGAGGACGGCAAUGAAAUUAGUGAAAUUCCAAAAGGAAAAGUAUGAGGCUAUGUUUAGCACACCAAUAAACAACAUAAAAGUUAAAGAUCCAGACAGUGUCUUUAUGAAUGACAUCCAAGGUCCAGAUAAUAUAAUCAAUAUGAACACGAACUCAGAAGAUUUUGAAAGAGAAAUUGACAACAUGCCCAUGCACGCAGCCCCUGAUCCUGACUCAUGA